GGCUUCGGCCGAUGUCCGCCAAAAUGGCGUUUUCAAAACUCUUCCAAAAAACUUAAUUUUUAUAAACUUUUGAUAAAGCUAUUUUUGAAAUUCUCGGUCCGUUAUAAAGUUAAGUUAUCAGUCUUCGAAAUGGCGGGCUUUGAGCGCGCUGGGCUACCGGGUUGCGAGUAUAUUCGACAGACUUUGACUAACUCUGCCGACAUGACUGCCGCCAUUGAGAAUUUUCAGCAUGAGAAUGGCAUCCUUCUUCCCUCACUUCAAUCAGCUCUUCCUUUCCUCGAUCUACAUGGCGUAGGAAGACUGGAAUUCCACUCCUCUGUCAUGGAUCACUUGAGGGAAACCGUUUUGGAGAAGAUCAAAACUCUGGAUGAGAAAAAAUUGAAGGAAAUUUUGGAGCAGUCCUUUCCUUUCAUUCAUGUUCCAGAACUUCAACCAGUUGUCAUGGAACUCAUGAAAUAUCUUCCAAAAGUCAGUGAUGAAUGCCUUGAGCACAUUGCUAACGACGCAAAACUAUAUGAAGAUUGUGCUAUCGAGGUGAAAAGACAAAUCUGGGUCAAACAUCAUCAUUUGUUUGGAGAUGCAGUGGGUCCAUUGUUGAAACAAUACCUAGACAUCAAAUACAAUAAUCUCCAUUCCACAGAUUCCAAUUCACCUAGUGACUUUUUCUCUGUCUCCUCAAAAGUUAGACGGCAGCAUGACAUUGUCCAAAGUCUUGCCAAGAUGAUCGGCAAGUCUUUACAACUAUACAACCUAGUUUUGCAGUUUCUAAGGACAUUAUUCCUUAGAACCAAAGAGGUACACUAUUGUACAUUAAGAUCUGAGCUUCUCAUGGCUGUACACGAUCUUGAGGUCAAGGAUAUCAAAGACGUUGACCCAUGUCACAAGUUUACGUGGUGUUUAGAUGCUUGUAUUAGAGAAAAGAAUAUUGAGGGAAAAAGGAUACGAGAGCUGCAUGGGUUUCUGGAGGCAGCCAAGAAGGAAGAGGAACGUGUCAUUGGUGAUAUAGCCAUGAUACUGUGUGAUCCAUUUGCUAUCGACACCAUUGCCAAGAGUGUCAUAAAACUGCUUCAAAGACUAGCCAACGCUGAAUCAUUACCAAGAACAAACACUGAGAUCAGUUUCUUGCUACGGCUGUUGAGUUUAGGAGUUGGUGCAUGGGAUAGGAUAGAAAAGCAAGCAUUCAGGGAGCAACCAGUGAAUCCAGAUCUUGCUGGGAAGUUUCUUCCAUUUAUCAUGUCUUUGAUGGUUGAUAGCUCUCUACGAUCAUACCAUGACAAAGUCCCUGAAGAUGACGUAGAAGAGGACUUGAUGUCUGAUGGUCUUAGACUUGCUCAAGACUUCAUGGACAUGUUGGCAUCUGACAAAGUUGCUUUUACACUGGCUUGGUGUUAUUUGUUAAACCUACUAAAACAAAAAGACAAGCAAUCUGUGCUACAAGCCCUGCCGUGGUUUGUUUCCCCUUGCCAGGCAAGACCACUUGAAGAAAUAGAGCUGCACCAAUUUGUAACAUCUCUAAUGUCAAUACAAGAUGAGUUAGCCACCAGCGAUUUCUCUAAUGCAGUUUUUGACGACUUCCUUCUUGGCCUAACUUCACAGACUGCUUCCAUCAGACAUACACUACGCAUACUCUGGUUCAUUCAUCAUAAAAUGGACUCGCAUAAAGUUGUUCAGAUUUUAACAGCAACUCAACCAGGAAGUGAACAUCCAGAGGCAAUCCAUGAACUGCAUGCAGCACUGGUUGAUCGCAUUGCAAAUGCUAACCCAUCCACUCCUUCCCAAGAUCAAGCAUCGUCUGUUUCCUCUCUGGGGUCGUCAUCAAGCAGUCCACUAGAAUACAUACCUCCAGCAAGUUCAUAAUAACAUGUAUUAGUUUGCAUUAUUAAAGUGUCUGUCACCCUUCUGACAAUAUUCACAGUAUUGAUUCUACAUAAGGUAAGAUGUUGAAUAACCAGAAAAAGUUUCAUAGCUUGAGUGCUGCUUCUAGUUGAAGUUAUAAAGUUUUUUCCAUGCCAUAUGCUAAUGGUGUGACCUAUGAGGAGGCACUUAUGGUUAUUUUUGUUCCUUGUAAUUCGAGACACUGGCUCUAGAAUCAAUACUGUGAAUAUUGUCAGAAGGGUGAUAGGCUCUUUAGACACUAGUAUGAAUAUAUUCUGUAUCUAUACUAUCAUAUUGACCUAUUAUUUAGUCAAAGUUUAUCUAUUUUAAUACUAUAAAAAGAAAGCUAAGAUAUUUAAACAAGCAGAACUGUGGCUGCAAAUAUUUUUUGGAUAAGCAGAUUUUUUUGUCAGGCCAGAGAUAACAAGUUAAAAGUUACAUAAUAACAUUUUUGCAUCUCUAAGUUGAUUUAAAAUGUUCAUUUUUGGACUUUUUGGUUGGAUUUUAAAGUAAAAGGGACUAUGGAUGUACAAUUUCAUGAACUCAAUGACAUCAUAGCUGUCUCAAAUAUAUACGUUUGAGAUGCUUUUGAAUUUUAUUGAUUGACAUCAAUUUAUGUCCAUUGCAAAAUAAUACACCAUGAGAAAUAUUUGUCGCUCAACAUAAAUUUCCUGAAUUUCCUGAAUCCUGAAACACUACACCGUGAGAAUUAUUUUUCGCUUCACAUAAAUAAUUGUCAAAAAAAAAAAAAAAGAAAAAGAAAAAGUGCAUAUAUAACUUUUAAACUGUUGGUAUAUUUUGGCCUGUCAAAACACAAGUGUGACUUGUAAAAAAUUUUUAUCGGAUAUUUCAUCAAUAAGCAAGCUCAAUUGGCUAUUUCUUUACUUGUAUUGUGAUAAAAUUAAUGUGUCUGGUCAAAUGUCUGGCCAAGGAAAAUCAUUUGCCCGUCAAGUGGUCAUUUUUACUGGAUAAAUAUUGUCUGAGGCACUUAUUUGCAUCCUUGUGCUUAGUGGGUUAUUUGUCUCAGAGAAUGUUGUGUGCAGUGGGUGUCCGCAGCUGUGGUGUACAAUGAAUCACACUAAAAUGGUUUUAAAAAAAGCAUAAGUCUGUCAUAGACAAUUAUUAUGUUCAAGCAGGGGCAGAUCAAAUGUUUUACUAUUAUCCUUAGUAAACAACCCCUUCCUUUUCCUUGCAUUCCUGCUAAAACUUUUGUAAUAGUCACCCCUUUCUAAAAUUCCUGGAUCCACCACUGUGGAAUACAUGGCUGCAUGGUUUGAUGCGACCCAGGUGACUCAUAACCAAUAUACAUUAAAAAAGUGUAAAAUUCAAGUUUUUGAGACUGGAAAGGCAAUAAACUGUAUUGUAUGAAA